AUGACGGCCUUCCAGGGCAUGCAAAGUCGGCAGGACAUGAACACUAAACGACCGAAAAGGAAAAAUAAAAAGCGAGAACUGCAGCUUCCGUCCGUAUUUAUAAAUAACAGUUGGAGUUCCGACGAAUACUCAGAGGAACCGGAAAUUUUCGGACAAAAUACCAUACUUUCGGUUCAAUCACCUAUUCGUUGUUCGAAAAUUUCCCCGAGACAACUUAAUGAAAGGAUGCACUUUUGGAGAAAUGUAAAAUCUGGAAAGCACAGAUUCCAGAAAGGAGUUCGCAAAUACGGAAACAUUUCUGAAAAUGGUAUAUAUAGUGAUAGUGUGGAUAAAUUAUACAAACUUGUUACACGGGAAAACUCCGUUAUGCUGCCGCCAUUACAAACAUCCGGCAGAAUAAAAUCGAACAUUUCUAAUUACAUUGAUAUGGCGGAAAAGAAAUACGUCAUGAAAGAUUUUAAGACGGAAGGGAGAAUAUCAAAAUUUGCACGUGAUGAAGUGUAUUUUCCAAGCGUCAACAAAGACCUUUUCACAUGUUACGAAUGCAGACGACGCUACGUUAGCGAUAUGUUCACCGAAGCGUUCGCCGCGAGGAACUCUAAAAAGCCCCAAUGUGUUGCCAUUAAUGCGCCGAAUUCUAAGAAACACAAAAAGGCCUUCGUCAAAAGUCGUGGAACACGUGCACAAUUCUGUGACGUUUUGGGGAAACGUUUCUGCUCAGAAUGUGGGGAAUCUGAGAACAGAAGAAUGGGUCAGACCAUUUUGGAUACAUAUAGACCAGAGCGAAAAAACGACGAAUCGCUCAGACACAUGACCCCCAGGAAGUCUCUUAACCGGAAGUACGUCAUCAUUGAUCCAAUACCUACAGUUGUAACCUACGACGAAAGCUGA